AUGUCAACACGCAAACACGGAUAUGUGCCGACCUCUGUGGAUGUAAGUGCCAAAGCGAAUUGUGCCACUCACCUUCCUACCUCUACGGAUACGGUUCUGUCCGAUAUAAGAGAAUCGGACGAUGAUAACAGGCCGAUUCUGGAUCCAUCGGCGGGGUACUAUUGGAUCGUGACGGUUCGAACUCUGUCACAAGAACCGCGGGCUGCCAGUAUUGAGUUGCUCGUCACACUGACCAUCGAACAGACCCAACGGCUGCUAAAUAUGGAACCGACAGAAGAAGUCUGCGGCCCUAAUCCAAUGUCAUGGAUUGUACAAGCGUUGCCGCCCCACACAUUUAACGAAGAAACAGAAGCCGCGAUCGCCCAAUCAACGAGUGUGGAGGCUCUCACUCCCACGGCGAAAGAGUGCAUUAGCACUCACCUGACAGACAAGCGAAUGAUGUUUGUGAUUGAGUGCUACCAAGGUCUGUGCGAACAUCCUGAGGUAUCGCUUACCAAGGCCUAUCCUUUGCAACUGGUGCCGGAGGGGGUUACAGACAGCUAACCCAGCCACCCAACGCUACACUUGACGUUGUCCUCGAUAUGGAUGUAUUCAUGUAUACUGCUAUCAUACUGGUAACACCAAAACGCCAGAAUUGGUUGUGCGUGAACCAUGGGUGAAUCGAAUACCAUCAAAAUACGCAUACUGUCGAGCGUGAUGAUGUUCACGAAUAGCUUCGAUGAGCGGAGCGAUUAUCAUGACAAAUGACAUCUUGAAAUUGUUUGCUGAAACGCAGAAACGUAUACUAAAUAAAGGUGUGUGCCUAUUUCGUUUGCACCUCUGGAUCA